AUUUGACCCCUUUUUAUCACAUUUAUAAUUUGUUUAUUUCCCAUCGCUAUCCACACACUCACUCUCUCUCUCUCUCUCUCUCUCUCUCUCUCUCUGAGAGGAAGAAGCAAUGGAAGAAGAAACACAAACUCACACAAACAUAAAUCACGCAACCCCCGAACCCGAACCCGAUACACCGACCCAUCACGACCUCGCUCUCCCCGCAGGUCUCACCCAAGAAGAAUUCGAAACCCUAAAACCCUCAAUCGCCACGCACCACACAUACCCACUCUCCACCACGCGCCGCCAGUGCUCCUCCCUCCUCGCGCAGCGCAUCCACGCGCCGCCGCACGCCGUCUGGUCCAUCCUCCGCCGCUUCGACAAGCCCCAAUCCUACAAGCACUUCAUCAAGUCUUGCCACGUCAGCGAAGACUUCCAGCUCGCCGUAGGCUGCACCCGCUACGUCGACGUCAUAUCCGGUUUACCGGCUAACACCAGUACCGAGAGGCUCGACGUGUUGGACGAUGACCGACACGUCAUCGGGUUCACUAUUGUUGGGGGUGAGCACCGCUUGAGGAAUUACCGGUCAGUUACUAGCGUUCACGGGUUCGAACAUGAUGGGAAGAUCUGGACCGUUGUUUUGGAGUCGUACGUUGUGGACGUUCCAGAAGGGAACACCGAAGAGGAUACUCGUCUGUUCUCGGAUACAGUCGUUAAGCUAAACCUCCAGAAACUCGCGUCUGUCACCGAAGGGAAGAUCACCGACGGUGACGGUACUACCCCCACCUUCUCAAGAGGAACUCGGACAUGUUGCACAUUAACACCAAAAAGAUCGGGCGCUGUCAUCACAAGAGAUCUGGACCUCACGUUCAGACCCAAACCAACGUUUCAGGUAACCCUCGGAACAUUGGCGUCGUUGCCGGGGACCUAGAAUUCAUCCCAUAGUGAUGGCGGACAACUAGCACGAAGACGGCUACACAGCAUCUGAAUCCGAAGACGAGUCCCAACUAGAGAGCAACGCCAUUAUACUGCCUCCUCCACCUCAAGCACAGGGCCCCCAAGGGGAAGGGCCAUCGGCCAACCCUAACCCAACGAGGAUCCAUUCGGAAAUCCAUCAUCCCGAAGAAGAAGAACUUCCACAAACCGCUGAAAUACUGGGUCUCGUCCGAGGCCAAAGAAAAUUCCCGACUAAGGGAACCUCUUCCUCUGCCAAAUUUGCCCUACCAAGCCCGAGAGAUGGAGAAGGGAAGCUGGCUGCUAAUUGGAAAGGACCCUAUAAAAUAGUAGAGAUCUUAGGCAAAGGUUACUACAAAGUGUCCGACCUCCAAGGGCGAGAGCUCCCGAGGUCCUAACACGCAUGUAACCUAAGAAGGUACUACAGCUAAGCAGUGAACCUUGUGCAGAGGUGCACUCUUUUUUCCCGAUCUCAGGGUUUUUAAUGAGGCACCAGCACGGGGGUUAGGGGCACUCAAUCCCCUUGCACAUAGAUUUCUGUAAAGGAGUUUUUUAUUUUACUAAUAAAAAUUCAUAUUUCUUUCAUUCC